AUGGAACAGAACAGAACGGAACGGAAUGGAAUGGAAUGGAAUGGAACAGACAAAACGGAACGGAAUGGAAUGGAACAGAACCUAACGGUAUGGAAUGAAAUGAAAAGGAAAAAUUAUGGGAGUAAAUCGACGAAUAAAUCUAUUUGCAGAAACUGUAAUAAACAUGCACCGAGUCACGUAAAAAGAGCUCAUUAUUGGUGGAAUGUUCAAAACAAGACUAUUGAGAAUAAACCAAUAUCAAACGUCUCGUGGUAUGGCAUACGUGGCGAGAUUCAGGUGUUCAACCCUGACCGAUUUUCAUGUCUUCGACCGAUACACAGUGGAGUGGCUUCUAUUAUACCCUAUACUCUACAAAUUGCUUUUCUUCAUUGUUUCUUUAAGCUAUUCGAUUCAUGA